ACAACUCACAAGUAUAAUGUGACUCCCACUGCUAAAGCUGAGGUGUACAAAGAAAAUUACUGGGUGUUUUUUAACAGCUGCUGACAUUCUUACAGCAGUCGAAAUCUAUUGGAUUUCAGUAGACACCACCUUUCAUGUGUCAGUGCAGAAAAGCCUUAAUUUAUAUGUUAUGACAGCAGACACCAUUAUUUGAAUUUGACAAGCUCCAAUCUGAACACAGCAGUAAUGAGAUUCCAAAAAGCCUUUGUCUUGGUUCUCAGCUAUCUUCUGUGUAGUUCUAUUCUAAAGUGUACCGGAAUAAAGCUGGAGAAUAAUGGAUAUCGAGACAUCGUUAUUGCCAUUAACCCAAACAUUCAACAUAAUGAACAGCUGAUUCAAAAUAUUCAGGAAAUAGUGACUGCAGCCUCCUCCUACCUUCACCGAGCGACCAAAGAGCGAGUUUAUUUCGCAGAUGUGAAAAUCCUGUUACCCAUAACAUGGCCAGCUGGUUCCCAUACAGUUCGGAGACGGACAACUGAAUCCUAUGAGAAGGCUGAUGUGAUCAUUGCGGAACCAUACCAUAAAUAUGGAGAUGAACCAUACACCCUGCAGUAUGGUGGAUGUGGAGAGAAGGGACGGUACAUUCACUUCACACCAAACUUCAUACUGGACAGCAGUCUGGUUUCAUUUUAUGGACCGAAAGAUAGAGUAUUUGUUCAUGAAUGGGCUCAUCUUCAGUGGGGAGUUUUCGAUGAAUAUAAUGAACUGGUGCCCUUCUAUUUAUUUAAUGGAACCAGUGAAGUAACGAGAUGUUCAAAAGAGAUUAGAGGACGGUCUGCUGAACACAAAAACAGCUCCUUUUCAGCGUGUGAGACAGAUCCCAAGUCAGGACUGCCGAAAGGGGAUUGUAAAUUUCAUCCAGAUAUAAACCAGAUUGUAUCCUCAUCAAUAAUGUUCAUCCAGGCACUGUCAAGUGUGACUGAAUUCUGUGACGAUAAAACUCACAAUCCUGACGCACCGAACAUGCAAAACAAAAUGUGCAACUUCAGGAGCACUUGGGAUGUAAUCAGAGAGUCGGAGGAUUUCAGAAACAACCCCUCACCCUACAGUGGUUCAGUGAUACCGACCUUUACACUGCUACAGGCCAAACACCGUGUGGUGUGCUUAGUCCUUGAUGUCUCUGGGAGCAUGGACUCGGAGAAUCGUAUUAACAGACUCCGACAAGCAGCGGAGAUAUUCUUACUUCAGAUCAUUGAAGCAAAAUCUCAAGUUGGAAUUGUCACUUUUAACAGUGCUGCAACUAUUCAAUCACAUUUGAAAGUGAUUGAUAAUGAAGGUGUGAGGAAUCAACUUGUCCAAUUGCUACCUACAACAGCUAAUGGAGGGACAAAUAUCUGCGCAGGAGUCCAGGCUGGUUUUCAGGUACUUGGUGAUGAUGACGGUGCUACAAAUGGUGAUGAAGUUGUUUUGCUGACUGAUGGGGAGGACAGUGGGAUAAGCAGUUGUUUCUCGGAGGUGGAACAAAGUGGUGCAGUUAUCCACACGAUAGCAUUAGGACCAGAUGCAGCCGCAGAGCUGGAACAGAUGUCAAUAUUGACAGGGGGUCGACAGUUUGCAGCCACUGAUAAAGUGGAUGCAAAUGGAUUAACCAAUGUCUUCUCUUCAAUGGUAUCAGGAAAUGGUGAUAUUAGUCAACAGUCAAUUCAGCUUGAAAAUUUUGGAACGAAGGUUGAAGAAGACACUUGGUUGAACGGAACAGUUUUCGUCGACAAGACAGUUGGGAAUGACACAUUUUUUGUCAUUACAUGGCAGAAGCAGACACCAAAUAUGUUUGUAUAUGACCCCAGUGGAAAGAUGUAUAACAGCAAUGAUUUUAAGAUUGAUAGUACAACACAUACGGCCCGUCUGAGCAUUCCUGGAACUGCACAGACAGGACAUUGGAAUUAUGGUAUCCGGAAUUCUGGCAUUGAACAGGUUAUAACUAUCUCAGUGACAUCCCGAGCAGCAGAUGAGAAAACUCCCCUGGUGACGGUCCAUGUGCACAUCAGUGAAAAGGAUUUGAAGGAUCAUAGGACAAUUUACGCACAAGUCAGUCAAGGAUUCUCACCUGUCCUGUUCGCAAAUGUGACAGUUAUUAUUGAACGACCCACUGGCCCUCCAAUCGAACAACAACUUUGUGAUAAUGGCCUGAGUGCUGACAUUGUCAAAAAUGAUGGUAUUUACACAAAAUAUUUCUCUAAGUAUUCUGGAUAUGGAAGAUACAACUUUAAAGUACGUGUGCAGGGAAAGGAAGGGAAGACAAAGACAGCGAUCCGAACAGGAGGACAUUCCUUUUACAUACCGGGAUACACAGAAAAUGGAAUUAUUCAAAUAAGUCCACCAAAACCUUCAGUCAAUGUGGAUGAUCUUGAGGCUGACAUAGGAGAUUUCAACAGGGUCAAGUCAGGAGGAUCCAUUUCAGUUACCGAAGGGACACUCAAUGUUGACAUUCCACCGUGUAAAAUCACAGACCUUCAAGCAACAUUAGCUCAAAAUAAAGUUGUAUUGGAAUGGACUGCACCAGGAGAGGACUAUGAUGAGGGAGCAGCGUCCCGCUAUGAGAUGAGAAUGAGUGACCACCUCCUCCAGCUACGGGACAACUUCACAGCAGCUGCCCUGGUUAACCUCACCAACUUGAAUCCACGUCCAUUUGGCUCAAGGGAAACAUUCACAUUUGUUCCCGAAAACACAGAACUGCAAAACGGGACAACGCUCUACUUCGCUCUCUGCGCCUACGAUAAACAGGAACAGUCAUCUGAAAUGUCUAAUGUGGCCAAGGUUUAUGUCUUUGUACCGUCACCUCUGGUUGAGCACCCAAAAGGCAGUAGUGUAUGGAAGGUGAUUUGGAUUGCGAUUGUUGUUGCAAUUCUGGUGUGUUUGAUCAUUGGGAUUGUCAAUUACCUGGUUCAGAAAAAAUGCAAGGGGAGAACUUUUGCAGUCGUUUAAUAUCCUUGCUGGAGGAAUGAGCAGGGAGCAUGCAAUUAAUUGGUCUAAUUAUUCAAACACUUAAUCAGAUUACACUGUAUGUUAUAAAGAUUUGGUGCUGAGGGGUUGUAGUCCAUGAAUGUCCAUGGUAUAUCUCCAAUAUUCUUGCUAUUUUCCAGGGAUUUCACAGCUUUCCUACCAAUGUUGUGGUGCACCUUUCCUCAUUAUUGGCUUGGAAGAGAUUAGAAGCUACCUGGGUAAAUGCAGGAAGGAUGUUCCUGACAACUAGGGAGUCCAGAACCAGGGUCACAGUCCAGAGAUACAGAGUAGGC